AUGAAACUGCUAGUUUUCGUGCUUCUCAUUGUUUGCAUUUAUGCAACUAUUAAGGAUCUUGGAUCGCCGAAUUGGAGUUGCGAUCAGAAAGUCAUGGCAAAAAGUAAGAAAGUGCCGACAAGUGCCCACAGCGUGAGAUUCGCUGAUAUCAAGGUGAUCGGAGCACUCGGCGAUUCUCUUACUGCAGCUAAUGGAGCUGGUGCACCACCUGGAGAUCCAUUGGCUGUUAUUCUCCAAUAUCGAGGACUGGCAUUCCAAAUUGGAGGCGACAAAUCUUUAGAUGAACAUAUCACCAUUUCCAAUAUUCUCCGCAAAUUCAAUCCAAAUCUUGUGGGAUAUUCUAAAGGAAUCGGCUCUGAGAACGUAUGGGAAGUUGCUCAUUUGAAUAUGGGAGUACCGGGGGCAGAAUCGAAAGAUAUCAUCAGACAGGCUCGCAAUUUGGUCAACGCAAUGCAUUCACACUCGGAGAUCAAUGUGAAAGAAGAUUGGAAACUCGUUAACAUUUUCAUCGGCGCCAAUGAUAUCUGCGUUUACUGCGAGGAUCCAUACUUUAACAACACUGUAAGUUUCGAUGCUCCACACGGUCGUACGACUUUCGAACACAAUAUCAUGCAAGCUGUGCAGAUUCUUCACGACAAUCUUCCACGAACCAUCGUUUCUCUCACCGGAAUGUUCAACAUGAGAAUGUUGCGCAAAAUCGACAGAAAGAAGUAUUUCUGCGAGGGAUUGCACGUUUUCGAGUGCGACUGCGAAUCAAACAAGAACUUCUCAGAUGACGAUAUUCAAGACGUUUGCUUCGGAUAUAUGGGUGGUGAAAAGGACAUUCAAGAUUCUGGAAUGUUCGAUGAUCGUGAAGAUUUUACUUUCGUAGUUCAACCAUUCUUCAACGAUAUCGUUGAUCCACCAUAUUCGAGUCCGGGAGUCGUUGAUAUGACUUUCUUCGCUCCCGACUGCUUCCACUUCUCUGCUUAUGGACACGGUAACAUUGGAAUGCAUCUGUGGAACACUAUAAUUCAGCCGGUUGGUCACAAGCAGACCAAAGUCAAUUUAAGUGAUCCUUCGGUCGGAGUUCAUUGCCCAAGCGUGAAUUGCCCAUUCUUCCCUACAACGAAAAACAGCAAAAAUUGUGCCUCGUAUUAUACUUUAAGCGAGCUCGAAUAA